AGGCCAGGACUCAAUCCCAGAGCUGUAACUACACUGGAUGGACGACAGAUUGAUUAUUAUGACAGUGAGAUAAAAAUGCUGAUUCCCAAACAGGACUGGAUGAAAGAUUAUGCAUCUACAGACCUGUGGAAAGAAGACACUGAGAUCAGAGAACGAGUGCAGCAGAUCUACAAAAACAAUAUUCAUGUAUUAAUGAAGCGAUUCAAUCAGGCACAUGGUGUUCAUGUGUAUCAGAGGGUGUAUGGAUGUGGUUGGGAUGAUGAGACUGGAGACUUCGAUGGGUUUGAUCAGCACGGUUAUGAUGGAAAUGAUUUAAUCACACUGGACGUGAAGAAGUUCAGAUACAUCUCAGCUGUACCGCAGGGAUUCAUCACAGUGCAGAAGUGGAACAAUGACAGAGAACAAGUUGAAUCACUAACACAAUACUACAGACAUGAGUGUGUUUACUGGUUAAAACAUUUCUUGAC